AUGGGAAGACUCUGUUUCUUCAGGCAGUACUUCGUUGAUGUUGAUGAUAUUGUUGCCGAAAAGAUUGUUGUUUCAAAAGAGAGUCUAAGAGGAACUCAUUUUAGGCGAGCGGGGCCUCGCCAGAAGGUUUACUUUGAAUCUGAUGAAGUUCAUGCAUGUAUUGUAACAUGUGGGGGUCUAUGCCCUGGUCUAAACACUAUGAUUAGGGAAAUCGUUUGUGGAUUAUACCACAUGUAUGGUGUUACUGGAGUCCUUGGGAUCGAAGGAGGAUACAAAGGUUUUUAUGCUCGAAACACAACUUUAACGCCCAAAGUUGUAAACGACAUUCAUAAACGUGGUGGUACCAUCUUCGGAACAUUAAGAGGAGGACAUGAUACUUCAAAGAUUGUCGAUAGCAUUCAGGAUCGUGGUAUUAAUCAGAUUUGAUUAGUUGGUAUAUUCCGACCUUAAAUGUAGGAGAUUAGAAGGCGUGGCCUGAAGGUUGCAGUCGUGGGAAUUCCAAAGAUCAUCGAUAAUGAUAUACCGGUUAUAGACAAAUCCUUUGGUUUUGACACUGCUGUUGAAGAGGCUCAGCGAGCAAUUAGUGCAGCGCAUGUUGAAUCAGAAAGUACUGAGAAUGGUAUCGGUGUUGUGAAGCUAAUGGGCCGCCACAGCGGGUUUAUAGCAAUGUAUGCUACUUUAGCAAGCAGAGAUGUGGACUGCUCCUUGAUCCCCGAGUCACCGUUUUAUCUCGAAGGACCUGGUGGACUGUUUGAAUACAUUGAAAAAAGACUAAAUGAAAAUGGGCACAUGGUUAUUGUAGUAACUGAAGGUGCAGGACAAGAGUUACUUUCCGGAAACACCUGCACCAUGGACAACAUAGAUGCUUCGGGGAACAAGCAGCUUCAAGAUGUUGGAUUUUGGAUAUCCCAGAAAAUAAAGGACCACUUCAGUAAGAAGCAAAAGCUGACUAUAAAUCUCAAAUAUAUAGAUCCUACUUAUAUGAUCUGCGCUGUACCGAGUAAUGCUUCUGAUAAUGUGUACUGCACACUCCUUGCUCACAGUGCAAUUCAUGGUGCAAUGGCUGGGUACACAGGUUUCACAGUUGGCCCUGUUAAUGGCAAACAUAGUUGCAUACCAUUCCAACGGAUUACUGAAAGACAGAACAAGGUAGUAAUCACAGACAGGAUGUGGGCAAGGUGCCUGUCAUCAACCAAUCAACCAAGCUUCUUUAGCCCAAAACAGCUGUUUGAAAAGAUUGGAGACGAAAAACAUGGGGAUAAUCAUGUUGAGGACUUAGCAAUCAAGUAAAGAAACC